AUGACCCUCCUGAUGUCUGGUGACAAAGGAAUUUCUACCUUCCCUGAAUCAGACAACCUUUUCAAAUGGGUGGGGACCAUCCACGGAGCAGCUGACACAGUAUAUGAAGACCUGAGGUAUAAGCUCUCCCUGGAGUUCCCCAGUGGCUACCCUUACAGCACACCCACAGUGAAGUUCCUCACACCCUACUACCACCCCAGUGUGGACACCCAGGGUAACAUCUGCCUGGACAUCCUGAAGGACAAAUGGUCUGCCCUGUAUGAUGUCAGGACCAUUCUGCUGUCCAUCCAGAGCCUGCUAGGAGAACCCAACAUUGAUAGUCUUUUUAACACACAUGCUGCCGAGCUCUGGAAAAACCCCACAGCCUUUAAGAAUUAUCUGCCAGAAACCUACUCAAAGCAGGUCUCCAGCCAAGAUCCCUGACCCUCCAGCCUACUCUCCUUGUGUUGUCUUUUUAUUUUCUCCCUACAUGGUCUGUCCUUCUCUUCAUUUCUGUCUAGGACUCUGUAUCUGAAGC